AACUUACUUCGUAACAUGGUGGAACUAUCCUUGGCCUUGAAAGAUUACUCCACGGUUAUUCAAUGUACGGAGAAACUGCUGGUUCAAGACCCCAAUGAACUCUUCGCAUUGAUUUUCCUUGGUCGCGCCCAGGCCCUUACAGGUGAUCUCACGCGGUCAAAAGAAACAUUCUCUCGAGGUUUGUCGCUGGCACAGCAAGCCCAAGACGAGGAAAAUACUACAAAGGUAACAAAUUUGUUACAUCAGGCAUAUUUUCGACAAACCUUUGACACUCCAGUCUAGUCACUCUAGUGUCUUCAUCAAGAGUUAUCUUAAUUAUGUGGCAACGUGGUUCCUUGAGUAUAUAAUUAUAUACUCUCAUCUGAACAUUCAUAUCUCAUCCACCCGUUCACAUCCAUCACGGAAGAACAAAAUCGCACCUAUAAUCACAGCAAAAGGUGCGAGUGUAAAUGGGCCUUUAUAUUUCCGAGCGAUGAUGUCACUGCCCAAAGAUACUCCUGUUAGCAACAGACCUACGUUUUCCUGCCUUAAACUGAAACUUUCAAAUUUGCCUAACCAUCCCACCCGCAAAACAUGGGUCUGCCUGCUCCAGUGGUGCUCAGGCUGUAUAGCUCAGUAUUCUAUCUGGCCACCGAAGCAUUUGUACACCUUAUUGGCGUAAUUAGGUUAUUUUGGUGUACAUGUUGUUAUUGACGCAAACUAACCUAAUUACUUUAUCAAUGUCUUUGUCAUCACACGCAGAACUGACAGAAGCCCUAAUACUUGUUUGUUAUUCCUUUGCAGUUUGAAAAUUUUCUGAAAAUGCUGGAAGGCGCUACUCAGUGACAACCGAACUUUUUAGUUACAUCUUUCCUAAUUUAUUUAUUGAACAUUGUAUUUAUUCGUAUUGUAUUU